GACGUAUAAUGUGGGCCCUAUGGCAUGCAUCACCUCAAGAAUAGUAGUGGUGGGCGGUCCAGCACGUAUUGCCUCACAGAUAAAAAGGCAGGGCAGUCCGGCAAGCGUCACCUCAACAAGAGCAAUGGAAAUCCAGAAAUGGCCACAGUCAGAUGUCCCAGCAGAGGAGAGAAGCUGUCGCUGUGUGAGGCAGGAAUUUCAAGAAGUGAGGCCGGAGAUAGAUCCACAUAUUUUGGAGGAACAAAACACAUACAAAGCUUGUCUCCCUGGACCAGGCAUCUUCCAGUGCUCUGAGACGGGCCUUGCCUUCAAGGUGGAGUCAGCAGCCAGCAUCGUGUACAGAUAUGCCUCCUGGAGCACGCAUCUGAAAGAGGCUGACCAGAAUGUGUGGAUACCUGCUGGGCCUCUUUUCAACAUCGGGGCGCUACCUGGAACCGUGCGAGCUGUGUAUCUCCCCCACUUCAUCUGCCUGUCAGAUGUAGACAUCAGUGGGUGCUCGAUUGCCCAUUUUGAAUUCCAGAAGAUGACCAUACAGCAACCAACAGAAGUGAUGGCCUUCUCCGCUGUCCUGGAGAAUCCCAGCUUCUCUCUUCUUGGAGUGGUUUGGAGAAAGUUACGUUCAGCCAUUUCUCUCCCUAUGCACUCCUUAGUGCUGAUCUUCCAGCAGCUCUCCGCUGCAAAUACAACCCUGCAUCUCUACCUGAUCCCAGAUGACAGCUCUGUGAAGGAGGCCAUUGAAAGACAAGAGACAAACUGGAACUCAAAGCUUAUUCCCAAGCCUCCUCCAUUCAGCCCUCUGUUCUUUGGCAACAGAUACCAGGUGUCCAGUAACACUCAAGUGAAGAUUACACCUGAACCACACUUGCCAUUUUGCUACAAGAGUCCAGAGGACCAACAGCUCUUUGUUGAGAUCUACAUCAGGAAAAUGGCUGAGGAAGUGGAAUUCUUUAUCACAGAUGGACAGAAUGACACCGAGGUCUGGAGGGCAUCGCUGAGGUCAGGUGAUAUUAGUCAUUCUAGAAACGAAUCCAAAAAGCUUUCAGGUGCAGCCUUCCUGAAGAAGCACAAGACAGAGCUUUGUUCCAGGAUGGGGCAGCUCUCCUCCAUUCUGCUAAAUUUAAGUGUUGAAGAUGUAAUCAACAGUGAAGAAGAAGAGGAGGUGCAAGCUCAAAAUACAAAACAAAAGAAGAAUCAAUUUCUGCUGGACCUAGUGGAGAAAAAAGGGCUCAAGGCCCAAGAGAAGCUCUUUCAGAUCCUCCAGACAAAAGACCCAUUCCUUGUUGAAGACCUGGAGAAUAACUAAGACUGGGCAAGCAGAUGGCUUUUGCUCCGAUUGGCAGAUUAAGGAAGUGACAGGGGAGACAGGCAAAUGGAGAGAUUUGUCUGUACGUGAAUCCUGACCUUUCCAUGCAAAAUCCAUGAUACAAAGCAAUGCCUAAGCCUUCUGAGCCACCAACUGCCAGGCCUGCUUCCCUUACCUGAUGUGCUCACUACAAGAGGACUUGAUCACCACUGAGGAGCUGCUGGAACGAGAAACCUUGGUUCUUAAUCCAGUGCCCAUGUUGUGAAGCCAUCUGCCUUCUGAGAACACAGGGCCUCUGCAGGGUCUCCAGAUGCUCCAGGCAGCUGCUGGUCGAGGAGCUCUCUUCACAACAGGAACCUCACGGAGUCACAGAAUUAUAGGGAUUGGAAGGAACCUCUGGAAAUCCCCCAGUCCAACACUGCUUAGAGCAGCUUCCUUACAGAACGUUACACAGGAAAGUGUUCAGGCAGGGUUUGACUAUCUCUGGAGAACGAGACUUUACAGCCUCUCUGGGCAACUUGUUCCACUGCUCUGUCACUCUCAUAGUAUCGUUUUUAUUUAUGAAA